AUGUCUAACCAUCUCAUUGAUAUCGUUGCAGACGGCGACACAUUGAUCAUUCUUCCAGUUGGGGAUACUCCAGACUCGGGGAGUUCCGUGUCCGACGCGGGAGCUGUGGCAGACGAAAAAUCCGUAGUGGAUGACGAGAACGCUUGGGCAGAUGUUGAAACCAUCACGGACCCGGAAGUUAUCGCAAAUGAGAAGACUGGGACAACGGCAAAUGAGUCUAUCCGUGCUGCAAAGAGACUGAAGUUAUCAGAUGGACGCCAUGCAGAGCCAGAGACCGGUACCGCCGAAGCUAGUCGAGAAGUAUUUCAAUUCAAAGUUUCCAUGAGGCAUCUGGCGUUGGCCUCUCCUCGUGCAAAGGCUGUGUUACAAGGUCCCUUUAAAGAAUCCACGCCGCAUGAGUCCGAUGGCCUUCUUCAUUGGGAGCUUGCACCUAUAUUUGACCCAACAGCGUUUGAGACGGUGAUGCGAAUAGUCCAUGCACAGAACAAAAAGCUUCCUGAAACGGUAACACUUGAACAGUUGGCGAAUAUCGCAGCGAUUGUGGAUGACUUGCAAUGCCAAGAGUCGGUUGAAUUCUUUGCCUCGCUGUGGGCUAAGAAGCUGGCAAUCAAGCCGCCAGAAGAAAUAAAUAUAGACUUGGCAAGGUGUAUCUUGAUAAGUACAGUGUUUGGGUUGAAAGGGCUGUACGAAAGCUCGACGUUGCAGGCGAUCCUCAGCUCAACAGGCGCCAUGCCGGUCUUUGGAUUGCCCAUUUCUCCCGAUGCCUUAGGUGAGAAUAUUCGACUACACAUUGCAAUUGAAGGCUAA